UGGGUGGUCUCCCUCUCUCUCCACUUUGGUGAGCUGUUGCUUAGCAGCUAAUAAUAGGAGAUGUUUGCAAAGUAAUUUGCCUCUUCCUCGGCCAAUGAGAACCAGAGCACUUUUCCAUCAAACCACCCUUUUCAGGAUUUGUAAAGGGGCUACCUUCUCCAAAUGUUACUGCUACAGGAUCAGAAGCAGACUAAGAAAUCUGCUCGCGACUUUCCUCUGGUUUAAAACGUUGUUUUAUAAGCUAUCGGCACGGAUGAAGACCGAAGGAUUUAUACGGAUUCGGGCACAUAAUGUUGGGAUGGAGUUGCAAGACUUUGACUCAAGGAAAGACCAGUGAAUAUUCUAACUUUUGCCCUGUGGAUGCGCUUAUUUUUUAUAUUGGAUUACUAUCGCGUCUGUUGAACUCAAAACGUUUUUCUUUAACUUUUUUCUGUGCUCCGUUUUCUCAUUUGGACUAUGGCCUCGGAUCCCAGAGUCCCCGGGGCCGGUGUUUUUGGAGAUUUACCCCCCAGUUAUACGCGUUCCCCGCCGGCUGUGAGCUCAGACCUCCGAAGACCUAGUUACUGCCACGCCGCAUUCGCGUUAAAACAGAUUUCUAAGGGGAAGGCUGUGGGGCAGAAAGCGCCGCUUUGGAUUCGGGCGAGAUUCCAGGCCCUCCUCUUUACUCUGGGCUGUCACAUCCAGCGACAUUGUGGAAAAGUCCUUUUCAUUGGACUGCUUGUGUUCGGUGCCUUUUCUGUGGGUUUGCGGGUCGCUGCCAUCGAAACGGACAUCGAGCAGCUAUGGGUGGAAGCUGGAAGCCGAGUGAGCCGUGAACUGCGCUACACGAAGGAGAAGCAAGGAGAAGAGUCCGUGUUCACCUCACAGAUGCUCAUACAAACGCCUAAACAGGAAGGAACCAAUAUUCUUACCCAGGAGUCCUUGCUACUUCACCUGGAGGCAGCGUUGUCUGCCAGCAAGGUCCAGGUGUCCCUGUACGGAAAGUCAUGGGAUCUAAACAAAAUCUGCUUCAAGUCUGGAGUUCCAAUCAUAGAAAAUGUCAUGAUCGAAAGGAUGAUUGACAAGCUUUUCCCGUGUAUGAUUAUAAGCCCUCUGGACUGUUUCUGGGAAGGCUCCAAGAUGCAAGGAGGUUCAGCCUACUUACCGGGGAUGCCUGACAUCCAGUGGAUGAACCUGGACCCUCUGAAGCUGAUGGAGGAGCUGAGCCAGUUCACCUCUCUGGAGGGCUUCAAGGAGAUGCUUGACAAGGCCCAGGUGGGCCACGCCUACAUGAACAGGCCCUGCCUCAACCCCAAUGACCCCGACUGCCCCAACAGCGCCCCCAACAAGGAGCAGCGCCAGAGUCCCGACAUUGCCUCUGAACUGCAGGGCGGUUGCCAUGGUUUCUCGAAAAAGUUCAUGCACUGGCAGGAGGAACUGAUCCUGGGUGGCAGAGCAAAGGAUACCCAGAAUGCCUUGCAGAGCGCUGAAGCUCUCCAGACCAUGUUCCUCCUCAUGAGCCCCAAGCAGCUUUAUGAGCACUUUAAGGACGACUACGAGAUCCACGACAUCAACUGGAAUGAAGACAAGGCCACAGCUAUCCUGGAGUCCUGGCAGAGGAAGUUUGUUGAGGUGGCCCAUCAGAGCAUUCCCAAGAACUCCUCGUCCAGUGUGAACGCCUUCUCCACCACCACCCUCAACGACAUCAUGAAGUCCUUCUCCGACGUCAGUGUUAUCCGCGUGGCCGGCGGCUACCUGCUCAUGUUGGCCUACGCCUGCGUGACCAUGCUGCGUUGGGACUGUGCCAAGUCCCAGGGGGCCGUGGGGCUGGCCGGGGUGCUGCUGGUGGCUCUGUCAGUGGCGGCCGGGCUGGGACUGUGCUCUCUGCUGGGUCUGUCCUUCAAUGCAGCCACAACACAGGUGCUUCCGUUUCUGGCCUUGGGGAUUGGAGUGGAUGACAUGUUCCUGCUGGCUCACUCCUUCACGGAGGCUGCUUCCAACAUCCCCUUCAAGGAGCGGACUGGAGACUGCCUGCGCAGGACUGGCACCAGCGUGGCCCUGACCUCCAUCAACAACAUGAUCGCCUUCUUCAUGGCUGCCCUGGUGCCCAUCCCAGCCCUGAGAGCGUUCUCCAUGCAGGCUGCCAUUGUGGUGGUGUUCAACUUUGGGAUGGUUCUGCUCAUCUUUCCUGCUAUCUUGAGCUUGGACCUGCACCGCCGUGAGGACAAACGUCUGGACAUCCUGUGCUGUUUCUACAGCCCUUGCUCCUCACGAGUGAUUCAGAUCCAGCCGCAGGAGUUCUCCGGCGCCGCUGACAGCCACCCGCACUCCCCUCCUACCCCUACCUACACAGGCUCCACCAUCACCACCAGCACCCACAUCACCACCACCGUGCAGGCCUUCACCCAGUGUGACGCCGCCGGCCAGCACAUCGUCACCAUCCUGCCCCCCACCUCCCAGAUCUCCACUGGCCCCGCCUCGGUCAUCGUCGCCCCCUCGCCAGUCGCUCCGGUCCCGGCCCCGGCUGCCGACCCCUACGGCUCCCAGCUCUUCACCCCCUCCAGCUCCACCAGGGACCUGCUGGCCCAGGUGGAGGACCCCAAGGAGGGCCGCGACUGCGUGCCGCUUCCCUUUUUCCGCUGGAACCUGUCCAGCUUCGCCCGGAAGAAGUACGCCCCUCUGCUGCUGAAGCCCGAGACCAAGACGGUAGUGGUGGUGAUGUUCGUGGCCCUGCUUAGCCUCAGCCUCUACGGCACCACCAUGGUACACGACGGACUCUACCUGACUGACAUCGUGCCGCGCGACACCAAGGAGUACGACUUCAUCGCGGCCCAGUUCAAGUACUUUUCCUUUUACAACAUGUACCUGGUCACCAUGGACGGCUUUGACUACGCCCGCUCCCAACGGGAGCUCCUUCAGAUCCACAACGGCUUCAACUCGGUGAAGUACGUGGUGCGGGACAGCGACCAGAGACUACCCCGCAUGUGGCUCCAUUUCUUCCAGGACUGGCUGCGAGGACUGCAGGCCACAUUCGACGCAGACUGGGAGGCUGGCAGGAUCACUUACGAUAGCUACCGCAACGGAACCGAGGACGGAGCUCUGGCCUACAAGCUCCUCAUCCAAACCGGCUCCAAGAAGGACCCUUUCAACUACAGCCAGUUGACGUCCCGUCAGCUGGUAGAUGAGGAUGGCCUGAUCCCGGCAGAGGUCUUCUACAUCUACCUCACCGUGUGGGUCAGCAAUGACCCCCUGGGCUACGCCGCCUCACAGGCCAACUUCUAUCCCCACCCUCGCGAGUGGAUCCACGACAAAUACGACACCACGGGCGAGAACCUGCGCAUCCCCGCUGCCGAGCCGCUGGAGUUUGCCCAGUUCCCUUUCUACCUGAACGGCCUGAGGCAGGCGUCCGACUUCGUGGAGGCCAUCGAGAGCGUGCGCGCCAUCUGUGAGGAGUUCAACCGGAAGGGCAUCAACAACUACCCCAACGGCUACCCCUUUCUGUUCUGGGAGCAGUACAUCGGGCUACGCCACUGGUUCCUGCUGGCCGUCAGCGUCGUGCUGGCCUGCACCUUCCUGGUGUGCGCCAUCCUCCUGCUCAACCCCUGGACCGCAGGCAUGAUUGUUUUUAUCUUGGCCAUGAUGACUGUGGAGCUCUUCGGCAUCAUGGGUCUGAUUGGCAUCAAGCUCAGCGCCAUCCCCGUGGUCAUCCUGAUCGCUUCCGUUGGCAUCGGAGUGGAAUUCACCGUUCACAUCGCACUGGGCUUCCUCACCGCCAUCGGAGACAGGAACACCCGCGCGGCCGUGGCCCUGGAGCACAUGUUCGCUCCCGUGAUGGACGGCGCCAUCUCCACUCUGCUGGGGGUGCUCAUGUUGGCCGGCUCCGAGUUUGACUUCAUCAUGAGAUACUUCUUUGCCGUGUUGGCCAUCCUGACGCUGCUGGGCGUCCUGAACGGCCUCGUGCUGCUGCCUGUGCUGCUCUCUCUCAUGGGUCCGCCCGCUGAAGUCACUCCCGCCAACAACGCCAGCCGCAUGGCCACCCCUUCCCCGGAGCCCCUCCCUCCUCCCAUGAGCCACCACAGCUACUACGCCGGGCACAAUCCCAGGGGCACGCGUCAGCAGGCUUUCUCGGAGUCGUCCGACUCGGAGUACUACUCCGAGACGACCACCACGUCUGGGAUCGGCGAGGAGGAGUACAAGUACUGCGACAGGAGCGCAUACAUCACCCCGCCGACCGUCGCGCCAACCUCGCGCAUCCUGCUUGAGGCGAGCAAGAACCCCAGCUUCCCCAAACUCACAGUAGUGAAGCCUUACGGUGAAAAUACAGGCACUCAGAAGGAUCAGAUGAGCGAGUCCGCCCAGAACGCAGUGAACUCGGUCAGCUCUCAGAUCAGCAGAUGGGACAGCAAGCACGAGUACCAGGGACCCAGGAGGCAACAUUUACCCAGCAGCAGGGCCCACUGCCCUGGGAGGACUAAUCACUCGGGCCUCGGGUCCCAGCAGUGCAGAGGGCCGCAUCAAAACAGGACUAAUGUUCCGGCCCACGGCACCGGAAUACUGCAGCGGCCCAGCAAUGCUGUUACCAUGGUUACCGCCACAGCCUCUGUGACGGUGGCAGUGCACCCCAGUUUGCCGGGGUCGUACCAGGGUUACAUGCACGAGGGCUUUGAAGACACUGAGUUGGACUCUUUUGAGGAGACAAAAAGGACUUCGCAGUCAUUUGGGAAAGCCACACAAUCUUUCAAGACAGAGUCUAUGGAACUCCAAGACCUGGAAUCUGUAGAAAAGAACCAGAAUGAAGCUAACCAGGCUCUAGGUGGUCCUCGGAUCCGAGCAGCCAAAGAUUGCUAGACACUACCCAACCCCCACCCCUACAUUUUUUGUCUGGAAUCUGUCUCUGGCUGUCUCUGGGAAGUCCCCAUCUCUAGCCUUUCCACUUUGAACUGUAAAUAGACCUCACACACAGACAAGAGGAUUUAUUUUAAAAAAAGAUAUUAAAAAGGUCUUGUUUUAAAAAAUAUAUAUAUAUAUAAAUUUAUAAAUAUAUAUUUUAAUACUAAAAAGAGGGAAAACUUAUUUAAAAGAGUACUGUAUAACGUGUGUAUUCUCUUGUAUAAAAGACAGAUGUAUAAGAGGAUUUGGGGGGUUGUCUCCUCCAGUGUAUAGAUACAAAAUGUGUACAAAAUGUAAGAGUGAAAUGGUAAAUAUUAGGUUAUUGAAAAUUAAAGGUCAGUGUUUCUGUUCUUAUUUUGCUGCUACACUUCAAAUUUGAAAUGGUUUGCCUUGAAAAUAUGCAGUACCCUCUUCCCCCAAAUUGUAAAUUGAAAAAAAAAAACAAGAUCUUACACUGCAGCCAUUAGUAGGCUAUUCUGUUUUAUUCAAAGGUGAUGCCUUGUCUUUGAUUGCACUGCACAAAUGCAAACAAACAGAAAUACCUGGACUCUGUUCUCAUUUCCAUGUCCUUUUGUCAUACUGCCCCACAUUUUGAAUAGCAAGUAAUCAUGUGGGAUUUCUUUGUUUUGUUUUGAUGGUUUUUUUUUUAAGUUUGUAUCUGCAAACACUUUUUUUUAACAAUAGCAACCAUUGUGCCUUCAUGACGUUCUUCUCUGAUUAACUGUGCAUUCAAAUGUUCAUGUUUCAAAUGUCGGUAUCUGGGUGCGCCGUAUGUUCCCCUCAUGUCAACCAUCCAAGAAACCAUGCCUUCACUUUGAGGUUGCUUGUGGCCCCUCAUAAUUUAAGGGGUGUUUUUCUUUGUUUGUUUUUGUUAUUGUUUUUAUGUUGUUGUUGUUGUUGUUCACAAGUUAUGUCUAGAUGGUAAAAACGAGUGAAAGGGACUCAGUUAACACUAGCUGAGUCACCUUCCGUCAUGGUCCUUAGCUGAUGAUGCACACAUGGUUCACCAAGAGUGCACGUACAUGUAGCACAUUUGUUUUGUCUGUUAUCUGGGCUCACGUUCUCCAUCUUUGAAAUGUUCUGUGGGCCUGGUUCUGAUUGGCGGCGUGCGGCAUGGUGGAUGCUCUUGUGGAGGUCCACUACUGACAGCACCUCCAUCGUCCUCUCCAAUCGCUACACUGUCACCUCAUCUCUGUGUCAUUUUUGUGCAGUUGACGUGUUUUACUACUUGAAGGAGUUGCGAGAUAAGCCUUUUGUGUUUUUUUUUUUUCUUCGAUUAUGUUAAGUGGUUGGGUGCGCUGGAAUUCUGUCAUUCCAUAACCCAUCCCAUGCGGAGACUCGGGAGGGGGCAAUAUGUGACAGAUUUUCCUUUUUCCACCCAAUUUCCUUCUGAAAGGGAAUAUACAUGCAAAGGGAGGUUUUUUUAUUGUGUUGUUUACUCUGGUUGGCUGCUGUGGGGUUUCAGCGUACACUGCCGAGGCCCUGUGCAAUCAUCAUUGACUAGGUAGCGUGUUGCCACGAGGCCAGAGGGCGGGGAGGCAGAGGCAGGCAGAGGGUUUGCCGUGGAGAGGGCCUCGGGCCUCUCUGGUGCUCCACAUCACGGCGGCCACAUCACGUGGCUCAAGACAGUGCGUCUGUGAAGGCUUUACUGUCGCAUGUUCAUCUUCACUCGGUGCAGUGUUUAUUGAGCGUGGGGGGGGGGGGGGGGGGUGGGUGAGGCACACACAUUUCAGUAUUGGUCACAUCACUGCCAGUUACAUAAAAAAGCAGGGACAUGUAUUAGAUUUAAGUGGCAGCUUAUGUUUUUCUAAGACAAGAAACUUUAAGUAGCUACUGAAUCGCAAGAAGAAACUAAACAGAGUCAAGAAAUCAUCCUACAUUCACAGCUAAACUACAGGAGUGUGUAAAUUAUAGGAAUGAAAAGGGCAGAGGGUGGGGGGGGGGUCCUGCAUAGGGUUGUAGUUUUAUUUGAAAUGUAUGUCAUGCCAUAUAAAUUAUUUAAAUUAAAUUUUUAUUUUUGUAGUUUGUACAGAUGUUAGUCAUUUAGACUGAAGUUCUAUUUUUAAAGAGUAAAUAUAUUAUAAAUAUAAAUCUAUCUAUAUAAAUAUAUAUAUAUAUAAUUAUAUAUCUAUUUGUUGCUGAGGUUUUUUUGUUUUGUUUUGUUUUGUUUUGAUUUUGUUUUGAGGCCAGGGGAAGGAGUCCACAGUGGGUGGAAGUGGGUGGUGCUCCGCCCAUGUUGUAUUUGGUUCGGAGAGAACAGCACACUUGGAAUAUGAAGGAGAGGUGUGACUGACGCCGUCCACCUUUGUGUAGUUUCCUGGCCUUUCCUUCUUCAUGAAAAGUCGAUGAUUUGUUUCUCUUUUUUUUUUGUUGAUGUCUAAAACACUGUGACUUCAGAAAACUAUGUUCAACAAACAACAACAGAACUCUUGUGUGACCAUAAUUGUCCUUCACCCUUUAUAGGAAUUUAACUAACAAAAUACAUUAAAGAAAAAACAGAAAAACAAA